GCGCGCCCCCGAUCGACAACACAGCUACCAUAGCUAUAUCUGAUGCCCGCAGGCUCAGUCAUUCCAGGGACCGAACUCUAUUGUUUUUUUGUUUUUUUUAGUUUACACAAAGAAGACAUGUGAUCAUGGACAUGAUGGAUGACUUGAAUACGUUCGAAGGGACAUCAGAACCCCCUAAUUACUUGCAAGAACACAUGUGGGUGCGUAUUUUUCGAUAUUGGCUAUUCCGUGCUUUUGGGAACUGGUAGCCAAAUUGAACUUGUACCUCCUUUCACCACGAUAUGUAAAGAAUCUUCGCUUCGGCGAUUUUGAAAAGGAUUGAUGCGAGAGGCUUUGUUUACGAUGCGAAGCUCCUCACACAACUGGUUACCGCUUUCCUCAUGCGAUGUUUAACGGGCUCAGUUUGCCAUGGGUGGACAAGUUUUCAGAUGACAUCGACGAUUCCGCGGAAUUAUAAUUUUUCUCUUUGAGGGAUUAGUUUAUCUAGAAUCAGCGCGCCAGCUGCGGUGAAGCAGUGAACAAGCUCGAAAAGUUGAAAAUAGUGAUUGGGAUCGUGUCUGUCAUAUUGCUUCUAGUCCUUAUCUACUUAUUCUACAAGUUAUACAGACACUGCACUCGUUAUGAUUAUACUCCAUUAAAAGAAGAUCUUGCUCUGCCCGAAAAACUCUCUCAGGCCAGACAAAUCCAGCGGAAUGAAGUCCGAGAUGGUGCACUCCUGAACUUUCAGUUUUACAUGCGAUCUCACAACCCUAAAUACAGCUUCAGCCAACACCUUCCUGAUAUGGGUAGCCGUGUGGACAAGUAUUGGUUCCUGGGCAGAGAGCAUGGUCAUUGGAAGGAUCUCGUUGUAACGCAGUGUUCCAAGAGCCCAGUUUGCCCUCUGCCUUUCUCCUUCUCAAACCAGAAGACAAUAAGAGAUUUGCUACUGGAUUUAAAGCACCCUUACAUCUGGCCUACGAUAGAUAUUGAUCUGUGGGAGGAGCAUGAGAUGGUAAUCUUGACCCAAGAAUUCAAUUCAAAUGGAUCACUGAAGGAUUAUAUUUACAAUGUAAAACCAAGACAUGAGUGGUCAAGUAAAUACACUAUGCAGUCAAGGGGUCUUGCUCUGAAACAAAUCCGAUUGUUUGGUCUACAAAUACUUAAGGGAGCAUUGUACCUGCAGGAGAAUGGGUUUCCACCACACUGUCACAUCCAAGCAGGCAAUGUCAUCAUGAAAAAAGGAGCUUGCAGAUUGACGGGUUACGAGAAUGUCUUCCUGGGGUACACGUCCAAACUCUUUCCUAUCAUAAGGCGUCUUCUGAAGGAUAAACCAGAGGCAAUCGACAGCAUAUGUAUGGGGCAUCUACUGUAUGAAAUGGGUGCCGGGAGAGAAUUAGAAGAAGCUGUUCCUACGAGAGCACAACUCAAUAGGUGUAAAUAUUCAGAACUUAUUCAGCUGCUAGAAUUCAUCUUUGAUAUAGCAGGCGAUUAUCCUUCUCUGUCUGAUAUAGCAGAUCACCAUUUCUUCACUGAUGUCAAAUUACCCGAGCUGAAGAAACAUUCGCCAAGCAAUAUUCAUUUGACUGCAGCAAUGAAAGCUCUGAUCAAGGCGGCAAAGAAAGGAAAAGUUCUCAAAUCUCGCUCCAGGUCAAAUGCCAAUGCAAGGUCAUCUUUCAGAAAUAAGAACAAAAGUUCAUCCAAGCGAGCAUCGACGGCAACAAAUGGAGACGUGGCUAAUUCAAGUCAGAACAGACAACAAUCUUCAUCAGCGCCUGCUGUCACGAUAGCACCCCCUCCUCCAGUCCAACCUGCUAUCCCUCCUCCACCGUCAGUGCCAGCACCCCCGCCAGCAAUUGGAUUUGCCCCAGCUUCCAGUAAUAGUAAUGCUGUAAGGGAUGUUCCAAAUGUGGAAGGCAGGGGUGCCCUCUUGAGUGAUAUAAAGAAGGGUAUGAGCUUAAAGAAAACGGUCACCAGGGAUAAAAGUGCUCCAAAAGUGUGAUGCCUUUGUAGAUGUUGUUAUGGCUAAUGAUACAAUGGGGAUAUAUCCUAAAAGUUGGGGGCCUGUAUUCUGAACUUGGGUUUGAAUUUAACCCUAUCUAGGCAGGGGGGGGGGGCUCGGAGGCCCCCGUCAACGAUUCACGCAAUAUUUUCGCCGUUAUAAAUUUUCUGACUGUGCCACUCGCUGACUUUUUACUUUGAGUCUUGCGCAUCUUUUGAGGCCAAAUUUGCGACACCCAAGUACGCGGUUAUGAAAUUAGGCAACAUUUUGUAAGUGCAUGCCAGACCAAAAAUUGCUCAGAAACGUGAUUUAAUGUACAAGGUCAAUGCAAAUUGUGUUUUCAACCAAAAAUCAUAAAUGUAUGAUUAUUUUUAAUUUGCUGGUCUACCGGGGUAAAUGGAUUUAUUUUAUGCUGUUUAUGAUCUCAAAAGAGUCCCCAAGAAAGUUCAUAAAAAAAACAAUGAAAAAUAUAAAAGGUAAAAAAAACAAAGAAAUACAUAAGAAAUUGCAAAAAAACAAUAUAAUAUUGCAAGUUUUUGCACAUACAUUUGCUAAGAUAACCACAAAGAGUUUCUACACCCAAAAUUAGAAUAUUUGGAGCUAUAUUUAGGGAGUUAGAGGAAAAAGUAUGAUUUUGCAUACUAAUUACAUAUAAAUUAGCAUAAUCAAUUAAUACCUAUUUGCAUGAAACAAAUUAAUAAAUAAGUUUGUAGAUUAUGUCCCAUACAACCUGCGUGCAGAUUUUGGGCGCAAUCUCAUGAUCCACGGCCAAGCCCCCCCUCCGGGCUAUAUGAUUUCCCAAAAUACCCCGGCCUAGAUAGGGCUAAACUCUGGUCUAAUAAUGUGGUUUUCUAUGGAUAGCCAAUUAUAACUCAAAUCUGUAAUAAUACAGGCUCAAAAUUUCAGUUCAUCUGACACUCAACUUAUUCCUGACUGUCUAGGUAUUAUAUUCAAAACAGUUUUAUUCACUGUUAAAGCCUGAUGGCAGAGCAUAGUAAUCAUGAAAAAAUUGUAAAGACAAUUUUUACAUUUUUGGCUUCCCAUAAAUUUAGCACAGAGUUUAGACCUUGGUUUGAGAUAGUUAUAAACUGGUUUUCAGAAUAUAGACCUGUAUAUCAUCCCCUAAUAUCUCUACAAAAUCAUGUGUACACCUUUAUGCCAAUGGAUGUCAAAUUUCCAUCAAAGAUCUCUGCAUAAUAUCAGUGGUUUAGGGACAUGAAGGAUAUAAAUGAUGACACAUAUAGGUGUACAUAUGAGAUCAAAGGAGAUGUGUUUGAUCUUCUGACAAGCACAUGGAGUUGCCUCAAGUAAUGUACUUCUGUUGUGCCUAUAUAUAAUGCAUUCAAUCAGAUGAUUUCAAAUUGGGUUCGUAAACAAAGGUGUAACCCUUACAAAAUCCCAGAUCUCAUAAGAAAUCAUUUAUGAGCAGUAGAUCAUUAUACGUACAUCACAUGGAAAGUUGUUUUAUUUCAAGCAUUUGGUGUCCUUUUUGUGUAUGAAGAUAAUGACACAUUCCAAUAAAGUGGGAUUUCAUGAAAAUCCAUAAUAAUAUCCAUUCAAAAUUCUGACAUUGCUAAUAUUAUGCCCAAAUGAAUACACUAAGCAUUUAUGGGGAUGUGUUCAUUAUUUUUAUUAGCCAAUCACCACAGUAUCUCAUUAAAAAAGUUUGUCAUUAACAACAAUCAAAUGGCUGUGAUACAGCAUUUCCUUGUGUGCACAUAUGUGCACAUUGAAGCACCAUGAGCGCCCAGCUGAGGCGGAUACCGGCGCUAUACAAGAAGCCAUCAUCAUCAUCAUGUUAGGUCACAAAUGAUGUAACUCACCAUGUUCCAGAAAUCUUAAAUCAGAAUUAAGCUAGUCACUCAACAAGAUUCAUUCCUUGCAAUGCUUGUGUGCUUUAAAAGCCUGCAGGGCUAAACCUGGUUUAAUAAUAUCCCAGUCCUUUGGAGGUUAUAUCACAUUGUGCUAUACAAGAACUGUGUUAUGGGCAAUUCCAUAGGCUGGUGGACAUGAGCUCAAUGUGUCUUUGUACUGUAUAGCCCAUCUGAACCGUAACGUGAGUAACCACUUUAUCUGCACCCCUAGUAAAAACCAUGUCUUCUUUAUUUUUGAAUUAUAUACAAAGUUUGUCUCCCUAAUAUACUUCUUUGAAAUGGAAAUAAUCAACUUUCAUAAAAGCCUUGUAUGAGGACACUUUUCACUUAUGUUGACUUUUCAUUUUAUGCAUGUCCAAAUCAUGUAACAUGAGUAACCGACACAUUUCAAAGAUUUGCCAGAGCAUAAUAAAAUUUCCCAAGUUUUGUUUUUAUACAAA